UAUCCUUUCAUUUUUUAAUUUAAAAAAAGUCACACAAGAGCUGACAAUAAAAAAUAAUAAGAAACGCGUCGAUGCGCGUCCAUUUGUUUUGUUUUUGGUUUGUACAUGUCUUCAAGAGAAUCCACGCCUCUUUCUUUGCCAGAAAUAGACGACAUUGACACGGAUAACGCGUCAGAAGAUGUCUUGGUAGCAUUACUUGAAAAGGAAACUGAUCUUUUACAACAGAUCGAGUCCAUUGAUCUGGCCAUUCAUAACUUGGAACAACAAGUAGCCAAAGACAAGGAAGAGAAAGAAAGACAAAAAGAUGCUAUGGAUCACGAUCAAGAAGAACAAGAAGACAAACCAGAAAGUGAGAAAGAACAAGAACAAGAAAAAGACACAAAAGAUGGUGAAGUGAUUGAAGAAUUUGAUGCACCUGAAUGGUGUAUUCCCAUCAAGGCCAAUGUCAUGACGUAUGACUGGGAAUCCCUGGCUAAAGAAGUCCAGUUCGAUGUGAUCGUAACUGAUCCCCCAUGGCAACUCGCUACACAUGCACCCACGCGUGGUGUGGCUAUUGCUUAUCAACAAUUACCUGAUAUCUGUAUUGAAGAAAUUCCUAUACCAAAACUCUCCACGAAUGGCUUCUUGUUUAUCUGGGUGAUUAAUAACAAGUAUGCCAAAGCAUUUGAACUGAUGGAACGAUGGGGAUAUGCUUAUGUAGAUGAUAUCACUUGGGUGAAACAGACAGUCAACCGACGUAUGGCCAAAGGUCAUGGUUAUUAUCUUCAACAUGCUAAAGAAACUUGUCUUGUGGGUGUCAAAGGUACACCUAAUUGUCGUCAUUCUGUCGGAUCCGAUGUCAUCUUUUCUGAAAGACGAGGUCAAAGUCAAAAACCUGAAGAACUCUAUGAGAUGAUUGAAGAAUUAGUACCUAAUGGCAAAUAUCUAGAAAUUUUUGGUAGAAAGAACAAUUUGCGUGAUUAUUGGGUUACGAUUGGUAAUGAGCUAUGA